AUGCGUUUAAUUAAGAAAAACCUCGACCGAGGUUUAAGUGGUGAACUCCGGCUUGAACCUGAAGAACAAGAAGAUAUGUGGCACGCCUACAAUUUGAUUGCCGUUGGCGAUAGUCUUCGUGCAUCGACUGUCCGAAAAGUUGUUCAAACAACUGAUACUGGCUCAUCGACAACAACAAGAAAACGAAUGACAUUAACUAUUGACGUAAAAACUGUUUCCUAUGAUAGUGCUGCGUGUGCACUUCGAAUCAAGGGAUGCACCAUUGAAGAAAAUGAAUAUGUUAAAAAAGGUUCCUAUCACACAUUGGAUUUAGAAUUACAUAAUGCGUUCACAUUACAUAAACACGAAUGGGAUUCUAUAGCAAUGGAUCGUGUAGAAAUGGCUUGCAAUCCGGCACAUCAAGCCGAUGUCGCUGCUGUUGUUAUGCAUGAAGGCUUAGCGAAUGUAUGUCUAAUAACAGAACAUUUAACUAUACAUCGCCAAAAAAUCGAACACACAAUUCCGCGUAAACGAAAAGGUCUUUGUGCUCAACAUGAUCGAGGAAUGGAAAAAUUUUUUGAUACAAUCAUAGCUGCAAUUAUCAAACAUAUUGAUUUCUCAUUAAUUAAAGCGGUUAUUAUCGCUAGUCCGGGUUUUAUUAAAGAUCAAUUUUUUGAAUAUAUGCUAAACAAAGCCGCGCGCGACGAUGAAAGACGUUUACUGGAAAAUCGAAGUAAAUUUCUUCUAUUACAUUCAAGUAACGGUUUUAAACAUGCACUAACCGAAAUUCUACAAGACCCAUUAGUAUUAAAUCGUCUAUCGGAUACGAAAGCAGCCGAGGAAAUGAAAUUACUCGAUCAAUUUAUGCGUCUAUUAAAUGACGAACCAGACAAAGCGUAUUAUGGUUUAGAAGUUGUAGAAAAAGCAAAUCAAUCACAAGCCAUUGAAUAUCUUUUGAUUACCGAUGAACUUUUUCGAAAUAUUGAUUUUACCAAACGACGGCGCUUUGUUCAACUUGUUGAUUCAGUUAAAGAAAGUGGUGGUACAGUUCGAUUGUUUUCUAGUAUGCAUGCAUCAGGUGAACGAUUAAGUCAAUUGACAGGCAUAGCUGCCAUUCUACGGUUUCCCAUGCCGGAUCUUGAUUUAUUUGACGAACAUCAUCAUCAUCAUGCCGAAAUAACGAACGAAGAGCAAGAUGAAUUAGAAAAUGAUAAUCUAUCUCACAAUCCAAAUCGACCUGUUCACCAUUUCAAUAAUACAGAUGACGAUCAAUCAAUGGAUAAUAAUAGAACAUUUAAAGAAAAUGGCCGAGCUGAAGCAUCAGCUUGGUGA